AUAAGUAAGUAUCGCUCCUAGGUAUGAAAGAAAAUUCACCGCCUGCCGCAUUAAGAUUAAGUACCUAAGAUACCUGUAUGUUACAUAACUUAAUUACCUAAUGCAUAUAUGUGACUACAUAUGUACAUAGGUAGCUUCCACUAUCUUAGCGGGAUCUACAAAUCUAUCGCCCCACCAAAGGUGUGCGGAGCAUUCAAACCCGUCUAAACAAUUUUUUUUCUUAUUCGACUGUUGAAUUUGCCAUCACUAAUAUAGUUGUACAAGUCGAAACAUUUACGGUCUUGCAAACCCAUCCUUGAAGGACGUCAACAAUCCAUUCCCUCUAAUCCGACAUCCCGUUCUCUCAAUCACCUUUUAGCAAUGGCGAAAAGCUCCCGCGCCAGCACGCGCAAAACCAACAACCAGCGCCUGAAGGCCAAGGUCUUCGGCCCGGUCGAGGCAGCCCGAGCCGAACGUCUCUCUGCCAAGCUCCUCGAACUGGCUGCGCAGCCCAAACCCCAGCCUGAAGGGGCCGAGAUGAAGAUCGUGGACGGUGCUGAGGAAACCAAGGAGGAUAAUGCUACUACAGCGACAGAGGCCGAUAACACAAUGGACGUCGACAGCGCCAAACCCGCAAGCAAACGCAGCGACAAGAAGCGCAUUGAAAAGCGAAGGAAGACCAGCAAGAUUGUCUUCCCCAAAUAUGGCGACAAGAAGAAGACAAAGAGACGUUAGAUGUGAGACGUAUCAAAAGGGUGGGUUGGGGUGAAUUGCAUUGUUAGGCGUUCGGUUGCGUUUU